AUGGAUCAGUGGAAGACAAGAAAUGAUUACUCUCAAUCUUUUGUAGCAGCAACAACUAGUAUGGUUCCUUCAAGUUCACUUCAUUCUUUGCCACCUUCCUCUUCUAGUUGUCUUCAGAACUCAACUCUUGAACCCAGGCAGAGGCAGGAGGUAGCAGUGAAAGAUCCAAUAGCUAUUGCAAGAAAAGUUCAAAAGGCAGACCGUGAAAAAUUGAGGAGGGAUAACCUUAAUGAACAGUUUCUUGAAUUGGGUAACACACUAGACCCAGAUAGGCCGAAGAAUGACAAGGGAACCAUUUUGACAGACACGGUUCAAGUGCUGAAGGAUCUAACAGCUGAAGUGAACAGACUAAAGGCUGAGUAUGCGACACUUUCAGAAGAAUCACGUGAGCUAAUGCAGGAAAAGAAUGAGCUCAGAGAAGAAAAGGCAUCUUUGAAAGCUGAUAUUGAAAAUUUAAAUGCCCAGUAUCAUCAAAGGGCAAGGGCUAUGUUCCCAUGGGCUGCUGUUGAUCGUUCUGCUGUAAUGCCUCCACCUUAUUCAUAUACAGUUCCGGUACCUGUCCCUCCAGGCCCAAUUCCCAUGCAUCCUUCAUUGCAGCCAUUUGUCUUCUUUGGAAAUCAGAAUCCUGGUGCCAUUGCAAGUACUUGUUCAACAUUUAUUCCAUACCCAACUCCUGCUAAUCAUCCAAAUGAUCAGCCACCUGCUCAGCAUGCUUCUGAUUCCCAUUUUUCAAGCAAACAGGAUUCUAGAAGCAAGUCAACUGAUCAUCACAGGGGCAGAAAUAAGGAAAGAUGUGAUGAUUCUAACGAUGUCGCAACUGACCUUGAACUUAAAAUGCCUGGAUCAUCAUCACAACAGGUCUGCUCUAAAGUUGUUAGUCACAAAUGCUUAGCACACGAAGACACAAAACUGACUUGA